GUCGUCUACUAGCUCAGCUAGCCCGAGACUUUUCGCUUAUCUCUCUCUCGUAGCGCUAGGCAUAAUUGAAAUCUACUGUACUACGUAUGUUCGGUAGGUAGCCAAUUGCGUCGAGGUGGGCGUACGUGCGUUCAAAAAGACUACCCUUUCCCGUGCGUCUCUCUCACCCAGCCUCAGCGCAGUGCUCUCCAUGAUUAGCUCCUCUUGGAGGGCAGGAACGAACGUCAUCGCGAACUCAAUCGCCGCAGCCGCGGCUAUAUAGCCCCGGGGGUACUGCUGCACUCGCUGCUCGGAGUCGGCGAGGGAGCACGUCUACGUCGUGAUGGGGUGGAGAUCUGCGGCCGGCCGCUUGCUGGCGAUCCUACUCGCUCUGCACCUCCUCGUCGCCUCCUCCCACGCCGCCCGCUUCACGAGGAGCUACAGGAUGAUGGCAGUGGAGGCUCCGACGUUCCGUGGGGCUAGAGGUGAUUCAGGAGAGGGCAAUAGGAGGGAGAGCGACGCGAUCGUGGAGGAAAUGUUCGGGAGGAUGGCUCUGCAGACGACCGACUACCCGGGUUCAGGCCCAAACGAUCGUCACACUCCCAAGGCGCCCGGGACAUGAUCGUGCCAUGUCAAAGUUCAGACCCUCAGCUCGCCCAGACGCACGUCAUAUAUAUAGUAUAUGAUGUACAGAAGAUUUAUUAGCUCAUCGACAAAUUAGAACUUAGAACCCAUCAAAAUGGGGGAUUAUUCAAGUGUAAAUUCGUAUACGUGUGGAGGUUACUGUAAGAUUGUGUGCUGUGCCAUUUCUAUUAAGAGAAGUCCAAUGCUUUUAUCCA